CCCCCCUCCGUCGAUGCUGGCAUCAUGACCGCUCCAUCUGGCGGGAGGCCAGGCUUUCGCGCCAUCUCCUUGAUGCUGCUUGUCGCGGCGCUCUUUGCCGGCGCCGGCCUCGCUUCCGUCGGCGACCAGCUGCCCGAAUUCAAGCAAUGCCUUGACAUCUGCAAAGCCGAAAACUGCGCUCCCGACAAAGCGACACCCAUCCCCCUGUCCCGCCGCCUCCUCCUCUGGGACUGCUCCUCCGAAUGCGACUACGCCUGCCAGCACAUCAUCACCGCCUCGCGCGUCGCCUCGGACCUCCCCGUCGUCCAGUUCCACGGCAAGUGGCCCUUCUACCGCUUCCUCGGCAUGCAGGAGCCCUUCUCCGUCCUCUUCUCCCUCGGCAACUUCUGGGCGCACUGGCAGGGGCUCAAGAAGGUGCGCGCCCGCAUCCCGGCCGGCUACUCGCUGCGGCCGUACUACGAGGCCUUCUCGUACUUUGGCCUCGCCUCGUGGGUCUUCAGCUCCAUCUUCCACACGCGCGACUUCGCCGCCACCGAGCAGCUCGACUACUUCGCCGCCGGCGCCUCGGUGCUGUACGGCAUGUACUACACCCCGGUGCGCAUCUUCCGGCUCGACCGCCCGUCGCCGCGCCGGCGCUCCGUGGUGCGCGCCUGGACGCUCCUGUGCAUCCUGCUGUACGCCUGCCACGUCGGCUACCUCAAGGGCGUCAGCUGGGACUACACGUACAACAUGGCCGCCAACGUCGUGCUGGGCGUCAUCCAGAACGCGCUGUGGAGCUGGUUCAGCUUCGACCGGUACCGCAAGUCGCGCCGCGUCUGGGCCAUGUGGCCCGGUCUGGCCGUGGCCUGGGUCAUGUUUGCUAUGAGCAUGGAGCUGUUUGACUUUCCGCCGUGGCUGGGCUGCAUUGAUGCUCACAGCCUGUGGCAUCUGAUGACGAUUGGGCCGACCAUUUUGUGGUACAACUUCCUCGUAAAGGACGCCAACGACGACAUUGCUGGCAGCGAUAGAUUAAAAGCAUGAUAGA